UAUGGACUGAUAACACGUAUAUCAUCAGCUGAUUAUCAGAGAGAAUGCAUCUUGAAUUGAACUCUAAAAUGGGUAUAUGCACGGCUGUAAUAAAUUCGAAGAAUUUCGCUAGGUAGGAUUGACGUGGCACCCUGCAUGAGGGAUAUCUACCCCUCAUACAGCCAAGGGCUGUUACAACGAAAGAUGUCCACCGACUACAUUUUUCGAUUUCCUUGUGCUAUCAGACUUUCUUUUCUAUGAGCUAAUAAAGGCCCCGUGUUUAAAUUAGCCAUGAGCUUUGGCUUCAGCGUGGGCGACAUAAUCGCCGUAGCCAGCCUUGCCAACAAAAUCCGCCAACGAUUAUUUGAUAGUCCAGAGCAAUUCAAGGCAAUCGCUACUGAGGUCCGAAGCCUCUCGAUUGUCCUUCAAGAUGCCGACAUCGCCGUCUCUGAAAGAGAGCUCACCGGCCAGCAGAAAACCGAGCUAGAUGGUAUAGUGCAAGGAUGUCAUGAUCUUCUAGAAGAACUAAAAAUUGCACUUGAUAGGUAUCAGGAGUUGGAUCCGGACGCCAAAGUCUCAAGCGGGAGGUCUCGAAAGGUGUGGAAAAGGCUCACUUGGGACCAGAAGGACAUAGACGGGUUUCGGGGACGGAUCUCGUCGAAUAUCAUACUAUUAAAUACAUUUCUAGGACUCAUAAGCAGCCAAGCAAUAUUCGCGGUUAAAGAUGGCAUUGACCGAUUAAAUCUGGGACAGCAAGAGCAAGAACAGAAAGAAGAACGCCAAAUUAUCAUCGACUGGGUUAGCACAAUUAACUAUGCUUCUCAACAUAGUGACUUUGUUACCAGACGCCAGGAAGGAACCGGACAAUGGUUGUUGGAUUCGAACGAAUUUCAGCACUGGCUCAACCAUGGCCAGCAGAUACUAUUUUGUCCAGGUAUGCCAGGAGCGGGGAAGACCAUGGUCGCGUCUAUUGUUAUCGACCAUCUAUACGCCAAAUACCAAACAGAUUCCAGCGUUGGCAUUGCCUACCUGUAUUGCAACUUCCGGCGCCAAGAUGAGCAGAAGCCCGUUGAUCUACUAGCGAGUCUGCUAAAGCGGUUGCUUGAGGGACGGCCCAAUUUGCCUAUUAGCAUGAAGGAUCUUUAUGAGCAGCAUAAGAGCAAACAAACUCGGCCCUCGUUUGGGGAAAUCUUGACAGAACUACGAUCCAUCAUUGCUAGUUUUUCCACGACUUUCAUUGUUAUUGAUGCACUGGACGAAUGUCAAGUUUCCGAUGGAGGUCUGACAAAGUUUCUAUCAGAGAUACUCCGCCUUCAAACUAAUACUGGAGCAAAUCUAUUUGUAACAUCAAGAUUCAUUCCGCAUAUAGUAGAAGAAUUUCAAGGGGCUCCAUCAUUAGAGAUCCGUGCCAGUGAUGGGGAUGUCAAGAGAUACCUUGAUGGACAGUCAUCACGCCUUCCAUCGUUCGUCCGUCGUAAUCUCGACAUGCAGGAGAAAAUUAAUGCUGAAAUAGUCAAGGCAGUAGACGGGAUGUUUCUUCUCGCGCAACUUCACCUCGAGUCAUUAAUCGGAAAGAGGUCGCCUAAAGCCAUCAGAUCAGCUUUAGAAAAGCUUCCGACAGGAUCCGAAGCGUAUGAUUAUGCGUAUAAGGAGGCAAUGGAGAGAAUUGAGGGUCAGAUUGCCGACUCUCAAGACCUUGCUAAACAAGCUCUCGGCUGGAUCACUUGCUCUAAGAGACCUUUGACAACCUUGGAGCUUCAGCAUGCACUUGCAGUCGAGAUAGGCCAGUCUAGCCUUGAUGAGGAGAAUCUUCCUGACAUCGAAGAUGUCGUUUCAGUAUGUGCUGGCUUGGUGACUAUUGAUGAAGAGAGUGAGAUAAUCCGAUUAGUCCAUUAUACCACACAAGAAUACUUUGACCGGAACUGGACUUCUUGGUUCCCUAACGCGGAGAAAGAUAUUGCGAAAACUUGCGUUACCUAUCAACUAUUCAGUACUUUUAGAGGCGGUUCCUGCGCCCAUAAUGAAUUGGAGGAACGCUUGCGGUUAAAUCCACUUUACGACUAUGCAGCCCGAAAUUGGGCCUAUUACGCUUCCUCAGAAUCGACAGAAGUAGAAGAGUUAAUUCUAGAUUUUCUUCAGAAUGACGCAGCUGUGUGCGCCUCUGAUCAGGCGGCGGUAGUUCCUUGGGACGACUACCCUGACUAUGAUAUAUGGUUGCCAAGGGGUAUGAGAGGAACACAUCUUGCGGCAUAUUUCGGACUGGAGAAAGUGAUGAGAAACUUAUUGAGGAAAGGGCACCACCCGGAUUCUAAAGACAGUUUCGAUUACACACCACUGUUGUGGGCUGCAUCGAAGGGGCACGAUGAGGUGGUGAAGCUGCUGCUCGCCACACCCGGCGUCAACGCGGACUCCCAUACCAAUAUAUACCAGACGCCGUUAAGUGUAGCUGCAUAUUGCGGCCACGAGUCAGUGGUGAAGUUGCUGCUCGCCGAGGCUGGCGUCAACGUGAACUCUAUGCAGUACGGAUCAAAUACGCCGCUGUGCCUUGCUGCAGAGCGCGGGAACGAGGAGGUAGUGAAGCUGUUGCUUGCCACGACUGGCAUCGACGUGAAUUCUAGGGACCGAGGCGGUGUGACGCCGCUAUUCCUAGCCGCAGGGAACGGACACGAGGAAGUUGUGAAGCUGUUGCUCGCCAUGCCUGGCGUUUACGUGGACUCUAAUGACUCCUAUGGUGAGACGCCGCUGUGGAUGGCCGCACAGAACGGACACGAGGAGGUUGUGAAGCUAUUGCUCGCCACGCCCGGCGUUGACGUAGACUAUAAGAACUCCCAUGGCAAGACGCCGCUGUGGAUGGCCGCAUCGCGCGGGCACGUGGAGGUGGUGAAACUGCUGCUCGCCACUCCUGGUGUUAAUGUAGACUCUGAGGAUAUUGAUGGUAGAUCGCCGCUGUCGAUGGCCGCAUUGUGCGGGCGGGACGUGCAGUUGGUGAAGCUUCUGAAAUCGGGCGGGGCCAUGACAGACUAGAGGAGCGUUAAGUCCUUACGAAGUCAUCCUGCUAGAGAGGUACAAUAUAACUAUCCGACUGAGGGUCCGGACCGACUUCAUGAUCAUAAUACUACAAUUGCACGCCUGCCAGGGCCAUCCAGUGUAGAGGGUGCCGAGGAACCAAGUGUCGCACGAUGAACGCAGCAGCAGCGAUAAUGUUGGGAGGGAGAGGGAUACAGGAGAGACCCUUCAUAGAACUCGAAAGCAGCAGGAGGCCACUCUGUGCACGUUGUCCGAUUUAGCGGGCGCCAAACCCCCCAUUUCAGACAUCAGUCUAAAUUAUAAUGCGUCAAUAAGUCGCUAUCGCUACUGGUACACGUAAUUGAACUGUCUCGGUUCCCUGUAUAUUAUAUCUUGAUAAGUUUAAUCAAUCAAAAACUUGCUUCCCCAGGCCUGCUUGGGUCCCUUCCAGGCG